AUGAGUUUUCCUUUGAAAUAUAUCUGUAUGUGGGUUUUUCUUAUACCCAAACCAACAGAUGGCCGAAGUGUGACAUGGUUUGAACCUACUCCGAGUAAGACAACAUCAGAUCCAAACGAAGUGCUCCCCCCUGGCAUUGUACAGGUUUAUGAAGGAUCUUCUGUCACACUGAACUGGAGCUACAGUCUGUCGGCAGGUUUAGGUCUGGGUGGUGUCGUACGAUUCAAGACUGAUUCUAUAUUCAGCUUUAGAGCAGAUGGUUCAGCUACUCCUAUUAAUGAUCAAUUUCAGGAACGGUUCAGCGCAGCCUCAACUCUUGGAAGAGCUUCUUUGAUUAUCUCCGCUGUGAAUGUUUCUGAUGAUAAGUUUUUUGGAGAAUUUAGGUGUGAGUUGGUUGACUCCAACGCUAAUCUUUGGAAACGAGCAAUUCAAGUGCAAGUCAUAGAUCCAAUAAAUAUCAGUGGAAUAAGAGGUGAACCAACCAUUCUUGAAGGGGAAAAUUUGCAGUUAAUCUGUGAAGCAUCGAGUCAAGUAGGACCAAACAUCACCUGGACCAAAGAGAAGCCUGGGAACCAAGGAAAUACUCAUGUGGUGCAAGAAGGGAAGGUGCUGACUAUAACAAACAUCAACAGGAUUGAUGCAGGAAAUUAUACCUGUACAGCAUACAAUGGCUUUGGUAAACCAGAGAGCCAAACCAUAUAUGUAAAUGUUAUUUAUCCAGUCAAGAUUGUUAAAUUUCAAACUGAGUAUAUUGUUGAUGUACAACAAAGUUUAACUCUGAACUGUCGAGCAGAAGGAAACCCUCCACCUAGUUACACUUGGAUUCCAUGUAAUGACCCAGAACAACUUUGUAACAACAAUAGUCUUGAUAUUUCACAAGUGCUUAACGAUGCCAGCUAUACCUGCAGAGUGGCCAAUUUACAUGGACAUGAUACAAAAACUGCCAUUGUUUACAUUGCAGGAAAUGUGAUUAAUGUAACCAUUGCCAUCACAAGUGAAAACUGUACAGAUGAAAAAUACAACAAAUCAUCAUUACUGAGGAAAUUGGAAGAAGAGCUUAAAAGAGCAUUUGCUGGUAAACUUGAUUACAAAAGAGUGCAGUCAAUGAGUGUUAGGUGUGGAAGUAUAAUUGUUGACCUUGGACUGAAAUUCAACUCCACUACAAAGGAACGAGAUGUUCUCAUUACACUUAAUGACGCUGUUAAAGAUGGAAAGCUGGGAGAGUUUAGUGUGGGUUCUAUAAAAGGGACAAGGCCUGAUGUGAAACCAACAAGUGGAGGUGCUACAUCAUCACCUGAUGGGUCCUCUGGGGGGCUGCCAUGUGGGACGAGAGAAGGUACCAUAGGUAUUAUUGUUGGUGCUGUGUUUGGAUCAGUUGCUGCACUGGCUGUUGCUGGAAUAUUAGUUUGGUGGACUUGUAGGAAAAAGAGGCGCAACACAAAAGGCACUGAAGAGGUUGCGAUGAGCAGAAGAACAUUUGGAAAUUCAAAUGAUGAAAGAAGAGAAAGUACAAAUAUUGUAGUCGAAUUGCCUAAACCUUCUCAAAGCCAUUACAUGGCACUGGAUGACAGAGCUCGUUCACAAGUGAUGGAAGAUGCUAGUCCACUCAGCAAUGAACAAAUCAGCGAGUACGCUUCUCUUGAUCCAUACACACGCUCCUGUGAGAUUCCUAGAGAACAUGUGACGAUAAAGCAGAUCGUUGGAAAAGGUGCUUUUAGUCUGGUUGCCAAGGCAACAGCCGAUAACCUUCAAGGAAGAACCGAGAAGACGCUCGUAGCUGUUAAAAUGUUGUCAGAAAACGCUUCUGAAUCAGAGAAAAAGAAUUUGCUAUCUGAACUUGAAUUGAUGAAACAACUUAAACCUCAUCCUUACGUGAUCAAACUCCUGGGAUGCGUUACCAAAUCUGAGCCACUGUUGGUGUUGAUCGAAUACGUUCCCUUUGGGGAUCUGCUGGGUUACCUGAGAAAGAGCCGUGGAUUAAGUGACACUUACUACAAAGACCCGGAUAUCAAACCACAAACAAAUCUUACUUCUCAGCAGCUGAUAAAGUUUGCUUGGCAAAUCGCCGAUGGAAUGUCUUAUUUGUCAUCGAUACCAGUUAUCCAUCGAGAUCUUUCAGCUCGUAAUGUGUUGGUUGGAGAAGGGGAAAUGUGCAAAGUGACGGACUUUGGAAUGGCCAGAGAUGUGCAAGAGGACAACAUUUACGAAAGAAAAACCAGGGGGCGUCUCCCAGUAAAAUGGACUGCCAUCGAGGCGUUGCUUUACGGAAAGUACUCUACCAAGAGUGAUGUGUGGAGCUACGGAAUUCUUCUCUAUGAGAUUUUCACAAUUGGUGGUUCACCGUAUUCACGAAUGGAUGGAAGAAAAAUUGCAAACUUACUUCAAGAGGGAUACAGAAUGCCUAAACCACAACAUGUGGAUGAUAAGUUGUAUGAAAUAAUGACGAAAUGUUGGAGAGACGAACCUAACUUGAGACCAUCUUUUGAGAAGUUGAGAAACAAACUCAGAGAGAUGGAAAACCAGCACAAGGGGUUGAUAAACUUAAAAAAUUAUGACCAUCGACUUUACGUGAAUGUCGAAGAUUUAGCCGCGUGA